ACUUCCCAGCAUGCCUAGCACAUAAGCGCAGGCGUAAAGAGCUUCCUCCCGUUUCCAUGGGAACCCGAGUCUUGGCCAGUGGACUCCACGGAGAGAUCCGGUGUUACUCUUUUCGAGGUGCACAAGAGCUAUGACCAGAUAUGGGAUGGUGCAGGACCUUAGGGGGCCACACGUACUUCUUUUUCUGGAGACAAGAGCCAAGGCAAGCUCUUACCUUCCUCCAACAGCCUGUGCUUGCACCUGGAGCCCAGCUCUUACCUUUCAUCCUGCCUCUGCAAUUUGCUGCCACUCCACUGACUGCAGGUGCACCCUCCAACCCCGUUCUGCCCAAAGAAUAUUGUCUUUUCUCCAAUAUCAAUGAAGAGGAUGAAUGACGGAUUCUUGAAAUCAGAAAGAACAGCUCCCUUUCCACUCCAGACUCCUGCAACAAGUUACUGUAACCUGUUUUGGGAGCCGGUGGUUGCUGCUUUGAGUCCUCGGCCCCGCAGGACGAUCUUGUUUCGACCCUGUAUUCCCCGACAGACGCCCAGGAAUUGUGAACUGAGUGACCCAGAAGGGCCCGCCUCUGCAGCUCUGACUCCGAGUCCAGCGGUCCAUCGCAGAGGCACCUGGAACCCUUAAGCUGCAUCAUCUCUACCCUUCCCGUUCCGGCGCGUGGCCCGCGGUGCACCCGGCCCAGCAGCCCAGUUCUAGGGGCCAGGGAUGCGCCUGGAGACGGAGGCGCCGCUGGCGUUGCAGGCACUCAGCUUCCGGGUCACAUGACUGGGCCGGCCCUGGGAGCUGACUCCAUCACGUGACGGCGGAGCCUGCGAGCGGUUUUUCUCACGUGACGGAGGCGUUCGCGUGUGGACCAAUAAGAAGGUGGAGGCGGGGCUGGCUGGGGGCGGUGCGCGGGAAGGGAAGCCGGAGCAUCAGUGGUGGCCGCUGGGACCCCGCGUGGGGUUCCAGCUCCUGCUCUCAGUCCCGUUGUAAGCUAGGCCCAGAUCCAGUACUGGAGGCAGCAUGAAGUGUGUGGUGAUGGGCAGCAACGUGAAGGUGCUGGGCAAGGCCGUCCAUUCCCUGUCCCGCAUUGGGGACGAGCUCUAUUUGGAACCCUUGGAUGAUGGGCUCUCCCUCCGGACAGUGAACUCUUCCCGCUCUGCCUACGCCUGCUUCCUCUUUGCCCCGCUCUUCUUCCAGCAGUAUCAGGCGGCCACCCCUGGGCAGGACCUGCUGCGCUGCAAAAUCUUAAUGAAGUCUUUCCUGUCCAUCUUCCGCUCUCUGGUGAUGCUGGAGAAGACUGUGGAAAAAUGCUGCAUUUCCCUUAAUGACAGGAGCAGCUGCCUGGUGGUCCAGCUGCACUGCAAGUAUGGAGUGAGGAAGACUCACAACCUGUCCUUCCAGGACUGUGAAUGCCUGCAGGCGGUCUUCAAUCCAGCCUCAUGCCCCCAUGUGCUUCGCGCCCCUGCACGGAUCCUGGGAGAGGCUGUUCUGCCCUUCCCUCCUGCACUGGCUGAAGUGACACUGGGCAUUGGCCGUGGCCGCCGGGUCAUUCUGCGCAGCUACCAGGAAGAGGAGGCAGGAGCCCAGGUUCCUCCUGUGCCCGGCCCCACAGACAGCACUGUCAAAGCUAUGAUGACUGAGAUGAGCAUUGGGGAGGAGGAUUUCCAGCAGUUGCAGGCCCCAGAAGGAAUAGCCAUCACUUUCUGCCUCAAGGAAUUCCGGGGACUCCUGAGCUUUGCAGAGUCAGCAAACUUGCCUGUUAGUAUUCACUUUGAUGCUCCAGGCAGGCCAGCCAUCUUUACCCUUGAGGACUCUCUGCUGGAUGGCCACUUUGUCUUGGCCACACUCUUAGAGCUGGACCCACACUCACAGGACCUGGGCUCCUCACAGCUCCACCGGCCAGUGCCUCAGCUGCAGGGUCACAGCACACCCCACCAGGAUGAUUUUGCCAAUGAUGACAUUGACUCUUACAUGAUUGCCAUGGAAACCACUGUAAGUAGUGAGGGCUUACGGGUACUGCCCUCAGUUACCCUUACACCUGGCCCCCAGCGCCACUGUGGCCCUGGCCCCCACUCAGAGGAAGAGGACAAUGAUGAAGCUGAGCCUGGUCCAGUGCCUGGAACUCCCCCACCCAAGAAGUUCCGCUCGAUGUUCUUUGGCUCCAUCCUAGACCCCAUACACUCUCCCCAGGGCCCCAGCCCUGUGCUGGCUGAAGACAGUGAUGGUGAAGGCUGAAGAAAGAACUUGAAGUCUGUGUCCUAAAGCCGUGGACUAGAAGCUCCAGCCAGUGUGGCAGGGCUAGGUCUCAGUGCUGGGGAAUGGGGGUGAUAGAGGGGCUGUGCUGGAGCUGAGCUGGCAGUUCUCCUCCUUCCCAAAAAGCUCCAUCUGGCUCUCCACUGCAGAGCUGCCUGACUGACUGUGCUUGGCCUGGGUCUUGACAUUUCCCCCUAAUCUUGCAAUCAAUCUUUUCUUUUCUCAGGCCUGGUGCUAAGCUGCCACCUGAUAGAAGGUGCCUCACCUGUCCUUUACCAUACAGCCUCCAGCCAUUUGGUUGGAGCCGAAAGCCCACCUUCCUUAGGCUCACCUCUCUAAGAGAAAAUCACAGUGGGGCUGUAGCCCCUGCUAAUCCAACCUCUGCCAAUCAUGAACCACUCAUCCCUCAAGCAUUGGUCAUACCUCUGGAACCCCUAACAGCUGACACACACUUUUCUUGCUUUCCCAAUACUGUUUGGCUCUGGCUUGGAAUUCUAAGAACCUCUGGACCUGAGUAUGUGGCUAAGGCUGUCCUGGCUGGGCCUGUGCCCAGCAAACGUGAUCUCUCAAGUGCCUUUGGCAGAGGGCUGCCAGGCCCAGUGUUUAGGACAAGGGAGACAGAGGCUGUGGCCAGAAUCCAGCUUUGACUUUUAUUCAAGAGACCAGAUGGGUUGCCCCAGGAUCCGGCUGCCAGCCCUGUGGCCAAGCACGGCUGGAAACCCACAGUCUGGCCUGCCAUUGCCCUGAGCUGCAGCCUCAGCCCCAGGAUCCUGCUUGUAGCCACCACAAUUGUGGGUGGGAGGGAGCCCUGGGGGAUUGGACACUGCUAUUGAUUCAUUAAAAAAGAAAAAAUAAA